AUGGGUAUAUUAGUAUUAACACCCAUUAAUAAUUACAAUAAAUACGGUAGUAUAAAAGUUGAAUUUGCUCUUGAUGGAUCUUAUGUGGAUGGUGAAGUUGAUGCUGAUAUAAAUAAUUUAUGUAUUGGUGGUGGUAUGGGUAUAUUACCACGUGAUCGUAGUGUUCCAUUUAGUCCACCACAUAUAUUAAGACAUCUUGUUAAUAAAGAAUAUGCAUAUGUUAGACAACGUGGGUUAAAAAUUGCUACAAUACCAUGUUCACAUCCAGAUGCGCCAACAAAAUGUAAAAUACCAUCAGGUCGAUGGAUGAUACUUAAAUGGGCUUGUUGUUCUUUGGCUAGAGAGAUAUUAUCGAAUAAUACGGCUUAA